CAUGACUCGACAGGCAUAAAGUUGACAGUCCGGUUAGGAGAAUAUUUUUCAUUAUAUUUUGCUUAGAAAUACGGUGAGUAAAAAUGUCUACUUUGGAAGAUAAGUCCAUAUGGGAAGAAGGAGAUGAGACCUUGGCAGAAGAAGUUCUCCGCUGGUCCACAGACGAAAUUGUGAGCCGUACAAGAUUGCUGGACAAUGAAAUCAAAAUAAUGAAGAGCGAAGUCUUAAGAAUCAACCACGAGCUCCAGGCGCAAACAGAGAAGAUCAAAGAAAACACCGAGAAAAUCAAGGUGAACAAGACUUUGCCUUAUUUGGUAUCGAAUGUCAUAGAGCUACUCGAUGUUGAUCCUCAAGAAGAAGAGGAAGAUGGAGCCGUUGUUGAUCUCGAUUCACAAAGAAAGGGUAAGUGUGCUGUGGUUAAAACGUCAACCCGCCAGACCUACUUCCUGCCUGUGAUUGGAUUGGUGGAUGAAGAGAAACUGAAGCCAGGUGAUCUAGUUGGCGUAAACAAAGACUCCUAUCUCAUUCUGGAGACUUUGCCUGCAGAAUAUGAUGCUAGAGUAAAGGCCAUGGAAGUAGAUGAGAGGCCAACAGAGCAGUAUUCUGAUAUUGGUGGGUUGGACAAACAAAUCCAAGAACUGAUUGAAGCUGUGGUUCUUCCCAUGACACACAAGGAAAAGUUUGUGAACCUUGGUAUUCACCCACCAAAAGGAGUUUUACUCUAUGGUCCUCCUGGUACUGGCAAAACUCUCUUGGCCAGAGCUUGUGCUGCACAAACUAAAUCCACAUUCUUGAAGUUGGCUGGUCCACAACUUGUGCAAAUGUUCAUUGGUGAUGGUGCCAAGCUGGUUAGAGAUGCAUUUGCUUUAGCUAAAGAAAAAGCUCCAGCUAUCAUUUUCAUUGAUGAACUUGAUGCUAUUGGUACCAAGAGAUUUGAUUCUGAAAAGGCUGGUGAUCGUGAGGUUCAGCGUACUAUGUUGGAGUUGUUGAACCAGUUGGAUGGAUUCAGCUCCACUGCUGACAUUAAAGUAAUUGCAGCUACAAACCGUGUAGACAUUCUAGAUCCAGCUUUGCUUAGAUCUGGCCGUUUGGAUAGGAAAAUUGAAUUCCCUCAUCCAAAUGAGGAAGCAAGGGCUAGGAUCAUGCAGAUUCACUCUAGGAAAAUGACUGUAAAUCCAGAUGUGAACUUUGAAGAAUUGGCAAGAUCCACUGAUGAUUUCAAUGGUGCCCAAUGCAAAGCUGUUUGUGUUGAAGCUGGUAUGAUAGCUUUAAGAAGGAAUGCCACUGCUGUUACCCAUGAAGACUACAUGGAUGCCAUCAUGGAAGUACAAGCGAAGAAGAAGGCAAACUUGAAUUACUAUGCUUAGAUUUGUAAAUUUAGUUGUAAUGUUAGUUAAAAGAGAAUUACCUUUAAUUUUUGUAUGAUGUUCAAAUUUUCGUUUUUGAAAUAAAAAAACUAUUUAAUUUAA